AUGAGCCUCGAACCUCCCAAGCCGGAAAUCAAAUCAGCCACCAGAGUGACUGGAGGUCCUGCCACCCCCAGAAAAGGACCCCCCAAAUUCAAGCAGAGGCAAACCAGGCAGUUUAAAAGCAAGCCACCAAAGAAGGGUGUCCAAGGGUGAGAGAUGGAGACGUUGCUUGGGUGAAGAGGACUGAUUUCACGUUCCUCCAAAAACAACCAGUGUGGUGUAGUGGUUAAGAGUGGUGGACUCGUAAUCUGGUGAACCGGGUUCGUGUCCCUGCUCCUCCACAUGCAGCUGCUGGGUGACCUUGGGCUAGUCACACUUCUCUGAAGUCUCUCAGCCUCACUCACCUCACAGAGUGUUUGUUGUGGGGGAGGAAGGGAAAGGAGAUUGUUAGCUGCUUUGAGACUCCUUAGGGUAGCGAUAAAGCAGGAUAUCAAAUCCAAACUCCUCCUCUUCUUCUUCUUCUUCUUCUUCUUCUUCUUCUUCUUCUUCUUCCUCCUCCUCCUCCUCCUCCUCCUCCUCCUCCUCACCGCUAUCAACAGCUAGCAUCCCUACCAGUUCCAGGAGCAGUUUUAAAACCAUUGUUUUGUGUAUAGGAAGCAGGGGCUACCUGUGGCAUUUUGUCACCUGAGGUGAAAUGCCCUGCUGCGUACCCACGAACAUUUCUCCAGUGAAAAUAGGGACGUCCCAUUCCAUAAUGAUAAUGUUACUAUUUACAUCCCACACAUCUUACUGGGUUACCCCAGCCACUCUGGGCAGCUUCUAACAUAUAUAAAAACAUUAAACUUAAAAAAAAAAAAAAUCCCUAUACAGGAUUGCCUUCAGAUGGCUCGGGAGUUGUAAUAACUCCAUACCCUCCAACGUUUCUCCAAUGAAAAUAGGGACGUCCUAACGAAAAGCAGGACAUUCCAGGAUCAAAUAAGAAACUGGGACGGCUUCUCUAAAUCAGGGAUGUCCCUGGAAAAUAGGGAUACCUGGAGGGUCUGCUGCUGCCACGCCUGAGAUGAGGGGCACAAACUCCAGAAGGGCUUCCCCUUGAGACAGGAGGGGAGGUAUUCUGCAGAGCUUUGACACUGGUCCUUCUCUACCCUUAGAGGUUGGGGAGACCAGCAGCAAAGCUGGGUGGCAGAACACGGCUGCCACCCCUUGGGUAGGUGCCGCCUGAGGUAACCGCCUCACCCUGCUUCAUGGGUGGGCCAGCUUUAGAGAACACAUUCAGUCUAUAGGUCACAUAUUUAGUUCCAGUCUUCACAGCAGGUUUCAAAAACAUUCCUGUUUCUCCUCUUCUGCUCCCAGAUGACUCAAAAUGGGAAUUUCUGUGUUUGCCACAAUGCUAACAAUUUUGGGGGAUUCGGACAAACCAUGGUUUAGGGUCCCCCAAAAUAAAGGAGAACUUUUCUGUGAGUGGAAUUCAAUGCAAUGCUAAGUGGGAUAUGCAAACAGGGAACAAGGUCUGCUCACACAUAAAUAACUGUAUUUUUCCAUGUAUAAGACUGCAUUUCCCCCCCAAAACUUUUUUUUAAAAGUUUAAAAUUGGGGGUUGUCUUAUACAUGGAACGUUGCAAUUAAAUAUUCUUAAUUUUGGGGUCAAAAAAUAGGGGUCGUGUUAUACAUGGGAGGGUCUUAUACAUGGAAAAAUAUGGUACCUUCCUUCUCCUUACUCCCCUCCUUUCUUGCAUGUAGCCCCAUACCUGUCUGGGCAUUCUCUCAACCUUCCAGUACAGAUUUAUGGGUUAGACAUGGGCAAGGGAGGCGAAGUUCUGUUGCAUGAUUGGACCCUGCUCUGCACAUGCAACACUUUGAAUCCUGUCCUGGGAUAACAAUUGCCAUCCAUACACAUUUUGGAUCCGAUGGUAUUGGGAUUUAAACUAGUGAAGCUAUCCAGUUUGCACCCACAAGGAACAGAAUGGUUUCUUAUGAGUCAGCAUGGCAGCCUGCUAUGUGGAACAGCAAGCCAGAAUGCUGACUCAUUAAUCAAUCUGUUGGUAACGGAGGGGACAGGUCCAAUCCUGCUGCUUGUAACAUUCUUCUUCUCUCUGCCAGCAGAUUUUUCUGGCUGGGAACGAUUCCUUUACAAGCAGCAGGUUGGAACCUUCCCCAUCAGUGAAUCUAGCCAUUUGCCUAUUCAGGAACAAUUCUCCUUCACAAUGCCUCUUCCACUAUCAUCUUUCUCAAUUAAGGAACUCACUUUCUCACUGCCAAAUAGGGCACUAAGCUGGUGAUGUGGUGCAAAUUGUUAUUCUGGGGAAAUGGCUGGUCCAGAUAUUUGACAAUGAUGCAACGAUUAACAUGUAUAGAAAAUACUAAAUAAAUAAAAAAUUUCUUCCAGUAGCACAUUAGAGACCAACUAAGUUUGUUAUUCUACAGAUAUCUGAAGAAGUGUGCAUGAACACGAAAGCUCAUACCGAUAACAAACUUAGUUGGUCUCUAAGGUGCGACUGGAAGGAUUUUUUUUUUAUUUUGUUUCGACUACAGCAGACUAACACGGCUACCUACCUGUAACUAGAAAAUACUGAGCUAGACAAACCACUGGCCUCACUUGCUAUGUUCGCUUGGAAAUGCAAUGUACUUUAAUAUUCAUCCGUCUUGUCUUGUCGGUACUGCAGCAGAUAGAACUCAACGAUGGCAAGUUGCAUUGCUUUCGUUUAGGUUUCAAAAGUGCAAGGUUUGCCAGUCCGAGACAUGGUUAUAAUGUUUACCAUGGAUCUGGUUUUCUUCUUCUUUUCUUUCUUGAUUUGCGCAAAUGCAGGUUAUGAGCAAAAUAUAUUUAGAAUACGAUUAAUAUGUCAGGCGAGGGACGCGGGUGGCGCUGUUGGUUAAACCACCGAGCAUAAAACUUGCCGAUCAGAAGGUUGGUGGUUUGAAUCCCCGGGACGGGGUGAGCUCCUGUUGCUCGGUCCCUGCUCCUGCCAACCUAGCAGUUCAAAAGCACGUCAAAAGUGCAAGUAGAUAAAUAGGUCCCACUCCGGCGGGAAGGUAAACGAGGUUUCAGUGCGCUGCUCUGGUUCGCCAGAAGCGGCUUAGUCAUGCUGGCCACAUGACCCAGAAGCUGUACGCCGGCUCCCUCGGCCAAUAAAGUGAGAUGAGCGCCGCAACCCCAGAGUCGGUCAUGACUGGACCUAACGGUCAGGGGUCCCUUUACCUUUACCUUUAAUAUGUCAGGCACCAUGGCAAUAGUGUGUAUGUGCCUUUUAGACUGUGAUUCAGUUGUGUCCUGCAAGGAAUCUGCGGCAACUUUGCCCAAAGCUGGUGAGGGUUCUGCCAUGUAUGGAAUUAUUGAAUCAGCGGCUGUCCUGAGACUUAAGCUCUUGCAUGGAAAAAUCACCAUCCUGCCUUAAACCACUCUACGUGGAGCCCUAUAAAGAAAUUAUAUCAGGGAUAGACAACAUGUUGCCCUGAAGAUUUUAUUGGACCACAACUUUCACUAUCCCUGGUUGUUGGUCAGGUUAGCUGGGGCUGAUGGGAGUUGUAGUCCAACAUCUGGAGGGCAUCACAUUGGCCAUCCAUGGAUUAUAUAAUGUGGAGGAAUGAUCCGGGUAGGGUGAAAAAGCCAAAUGCAUCGUAGACUGCUCUUUCUCUUUUCCUUUGCAGAUUUGGCGAUGACAUCCCUGGUAUGGAGGGCUUGGGGACAGGUACCAAAGAUUCCUAUUUUUAGCACACCACACAACAUUAAUCUGUACCUUUGUUAGUACAAAAACUGCCUAGUUUCUCUUUAUUGAUGUUUUCCGCCUACCAAGGAAUCUAUGUGUUUUGCCUAAGGAUGGAGGCAGGCCUGGGAACCAGCUUGUGUUUGUAUGUCCUGUGAUUGUUUCUCCUUCCCAGAAGGCCUUAGGGAAACCCACUACCUCCACAGCACUUGCAGCGCUUUCUUUACGUGUCUACUAGUGCUACCUCCUGCCAUUCAUUGGUUGAGGACUGUUUUUAAUCGCUCGUCUUGGCAUCCCCACUUUUGGGUAAGGCCAUGCCAACAUACCAUGCGGUGUUUUGAUAGAGUCCCUUCUCUCUGAACACCACUGCACAGAAACUGAAGUCCUUACUUCACAUGAGCUACAUUUAUGAUUAUGAACCCCCACAAUUGCUUCCUCGACCAGUGUGAGAGCCAGUGUGGUGUAGUGGUUAAGAGUGGUGGACUCGUAAUCUGGUGAACCCGGUUCGCUUCCCCGCUCCUCCACACGCAGCUGCUGGGUGACCUUGGGCUAGUCACGCUUCUCUGAAGUUUCUCAGCCUCACUCACCUCACAGAGUGUUUGUUGUGGGGGAGGAAGGGAAAGAUGAUUGUGAGCCGCUUUGAGACUCCUUAGGGUAGUGAUAAAGCGGGAUAUCAAAUCCAAACUCUUCUUCUUCAGUUGUCACCAUAGGCCUUUGGGGCAGAUUUCAGCCUAGAAGCACAAUGACCUUUGGUAAUAAGCAUAUACCGGUACAUAGGUUGCCCUGAUGCUUCUCUCUUCCUUUCAGAUAUUACUGUGAUCUGCCCCUGGGAAGCCUUCAGCCACUUGGAGCUACACGAGUUGGCCCAAUAUGGCAUCAUAUAA